CCAGCGUUACUGACUCUACUUGUGGUUUUGUAAGUAGUUGUUGAUGUGUUUGUGUAGAUUAAAAAUAGCGAUUCCUUAUCUAUGAGGGUUUUCUUCCAAUAGUAGUACCACAACGUCUACAGAGGAAUUAUGACAAGUCUUAUAAAUUGCGAGUUGUUUCAAAGCGCAUCUACCGAAUCAAACAGACGACGUAAAGCACACCCUUACAAGUUGAAACGGAAAUCAGUUGAAAAAGUUCACUUGGCUGUGCAAGAACAACAACAACGACAUGAUGCAACACCAUGUAUUCAAUACACAAGCGAUCUCAGCAGUGAAAUUGACGAAACGGAGAAAUACUUGACCAAUUCUUGCAAAAAAAUUAAGCUGGAUAAACGUAAACAGGAACAAGAAACUGUUUCGCAAUCGAGCACGCAAACAACAAACAUAGAAACCACAGAAACAGUGUUUGCUACCCCUACAUUUGAAGUUGUCCGCGGGGAAUGUGAUGACCAGCUGGUCCUCACUCUCUUACCUGUUUCCCAAGCUCAAAGUGUCUCUCAUUGUGCGGCAAAUAAUAAUGCAGUAACAGUACCUGAACCACAAUUGACACUUGAAAUUGACGAAGGUUUCAAACCAAAAAAACGAAGAGCAGUAACUGCUAAUAAAAAGCUUUUAUCUUCCGUCGAAAGCGACCCUGUUCGAAAUAUUUGGAUCACAGCCAAGUUACACAAAGAACAACUGAAGGACAGCGGACACACGUGGACAACUGGUAUGUGGAGUAAAGCAGAAGUACAAGUACUCGAGCAAAACAUUGAAAGAUAUUGUCAGGAGCGAAGAAUCAAAAAUCCUGAAGAGAUAAUAUUCGAAAGCAGUAAAGAUGACAGGAAAGACUUCUAUCCAUACAUUGCUGCUGGCCUCAAUCGACCUCUAUUUGCUGUGUAUCGCAGAGUAAAGAGAAUGUAUGAUAAAAAGAACCACAAGGGAAAAUAUUCCAGUGAGGAGUUAGCCACACUACGCGAGUUAUACGAACAACAUGGGGAAAAGUGGGGAGUUAUCGCACAGAAGAUGGGAAGAAGUUCAGAUUCGGUAAAAGAUCGGUGCCGUUUGCUAAGACCUGGUCAGGAUGAAAUUCGUAUUGGUAAAUGGACAAACCAUGAGGAAGACAUGUUGACAAUGGCUGUUCACUACGUUACACAAACACAAGUUGGUGAAGCAGUUUCUAAAGGAAUUACUUGGAACUUGGUGGCAAGAAUCGUUCAAACUCGGUCCGAAAAGCAAUGCCGGGCGAAAUGGUUGAAUUAUUUGAACUGGAAGUUAAGAAGUGGUGAAGAAUGGUCGAGGAUGGAUAACAAACUUCUUGUAGAUCGAGUUGCUGAACUUGGUGCAAAGUCUGAGAAUGAAAUAAAUUGGUCGGCUUUAAGUGAUGGUUGGAAAAGUCCCCGCUCACCACAAUGUUUGCNAUUGUAAGUGGUCGCAUCUUAAGAAACCACUGUCUGAAUUUAACUUGGAUAAUCUGGAUUUUCCUGAAAGUGUUCAGGUUCUAAAAUCCCUCUACUCUGAGCAAGCAAUGAAUAUUUGUGACCGUCCACGCCAGUUAAUUAAAUCCAUCAUUACAAAUAAAUUUUCUCCGAAAAAACCGUUACCCAACUCCACAGAACGAGCUCCUGUCACUGUAACUAAUGAAGAAGGGAGCACCAUAUCGAGUAAUGUAUACGAGGAAAACUUAUUCAAACACAACGACAACAACAAUUUCCUUGCACCAAGCAACCCACCCCCACUCAACUCAAUGCAACACAGUUUAAAUGCAAUUGUCCGACCAAGAACGGAAUCUGAAUCCAUUUGUAACCAUCACAAGAAUGACUUUGAUUUAUCAGAAAGUAACGUUCUGUUAUGUGAUACAAAUGAUGGGGCACUAACACUUGCGCAAGAAGUCUACCCCCUCAGUUCACCAUCAUCAGAAGGUAUUUACACCAUUCAAUCUCCUGAUGGUGAAACUCAAGACUCAGAAUCUGUUUCAACUGAAAGUGGAAUGGUUAACAUUCUGACAAUCCUUGAACUUAAAACUGAUCCUAACACAAGUCAUGAGGUGACAGUUCCUACAUCUGGUGACAAUGAGAUAAUUUUAACUUCAGGAGAUACUGUUUAUUUUGCGCAUUCCUCAAACCCAAAUCAAAUUUUGGGAAGUUCCACUUCAUCUAGUACCUCCAGUUGCCAUGACGAUGGGAUUGGACUUCUUUCUGAUGCUUCUCAGCUCUCUGGAGUAAACAUCAAUUUCUGAAAAUCACUUUUAUUUGCCAAAACCUGUCUCUUGUGUGGAAUUACUAUGUAUUUGCUGUUAUAUACGUUAGCCAUAACAUCAAGCUGUUCCGUCGCAAAAAUCCCUGCAAUCAUGCACAAACAUAUUUUGAUCAAGGCUUACUCUGCCGAAUCAAAAACAUACACUGAAUGCAUCCAACUUGGUGUAAAAAAACAACAUUAAAACAUGAUUGAAUUUGAUGAAAUAGUGUUUUUGUGUGAAGUUUACAAUCUGCUGCCCGUAUUACUGUGGUCGUGUGUUAUUUAUUUGUCUCCAUUGUCAAUUUUGUUGCUGAAGAUUGUGGGCGUGAUGGUAUUACAUUAUAAGUUGUAACUUGAUGAAAA